CUUCUGGAUAAACAUUAGAGGGCCGGAGCGUUGGGCCGCGGACAUGGAGCUCUGAGUGUUUAGUCUCGCCUCAGCUGCGGCCCCACCCAGUUGCCGCGCGGCGCUAGUGACCAUCUAGAUACACCAAUAUGGCUAGAGCCGUGGACAUGGCGGACUCUAUGCACUAUGAGACGCGGCAAAUCCGCGAGGCGCUGCAAGCCAGCAAUGCGCGACUCCGUUCUGCGCGUUAUGCACGCCCGGCGUCUAGCCUGACACCGCAGCAGGGUGCUGCUAUGCUGCAAGAGUGGGAGGGGCUCUCCAGCACCGGCGACAUUGACAACAACACAACGGCCGCCAACAACAAUCCCAUGUACCAGCAAAUGCGGUCAGCGCUGCUCGCCUUUGAGUCGGAGGUGGGGUACGCAGCGCCUGCCCGGGAGCGCGCAUUUUUCUCCGCGCUGCGGACACAGCUGAUGGAGGCGGCGGCGUGCCGGGAGCCGGAGCAACGCGACAUGCAACUGGCGGCCGCGUACAAAUGGUUCAGCAAGCACAAGCCUCAGGGUCCUGAGGUGGACCCCAUCACGGCCGCCGUGCUGGCCUCCUCCCUCAGCGUGGAGGCAGCGGGUGACGGCCGCGGACCGCAGCAGCCACCCGCCAGCAUGCAGCAGCGCCUCAACGCUGCGCACUCCGUAGCGAUGGGAACUGGAGGAUACGGCGGCGCGGCGGCAUCGGCACAGGCAGGGCCGCCGGGCAAGCACCAGUUCUUUGGUGUAUUCUCGGGGACAACAGGCGCCGGCAGCAGCGGCGGCAGCGCGAGGCCAGGCCCCAGCUCAGCUUAUCUUGCAGGCAGCACGCGGCAGGGCUCUGCGCGGGGCCCUAGCCCCACUGCUGCCGGGUCGAGGCCCGGCGCCGGCUCUCUGUCUCUCAACCACCCGCUCGUGAUGCACCCAACGGUGGCACACAGUGCGGGCGCUGGCGCCGGUGCAGGGGCAUCGGCGCGCGGCGGGCCAGCAGGGCCCAGCGGUGCCGGCGGUGGAGGGCCGGGCCGGGCGCGGUUCGCGUCUACGGACAUGUAUGCGCCAGGCAAGCUGGUGCGGGCGCAGGAGCUGGAUGAACUUGACCAUAGGGCGGCAGCAGCGGCGGCGGCAGCAGAAGGCGGCCGCCCGGGCGCGCUGAUGCACGCCAAGCCCUGGCUAACGGGGCCGUUCAAGUCGAGUGCGGGGACGGGGGCCGUGACGGCCGGUGCAGGCAGGGGUGCGGGCAAGGGCGGCGCGGCGGCGGCCGAAGAGGAGGAGCUGGCAGCACUGAGAGAGAAAUGGACGGCCAUGGACUCCAAGACGUCAGCGUCGGUAGCGGACGUGCAGGCCAAGGUGGCCGAGUGGACCCUGCAGCGGGCUCGCUUGGAGGAGGAGAUAGUGCGCCGGCAGGAGGCAAAUCGCUUUGCCAAGCCCAGCGCGGCGGGCGGCACCAGCGCGCCCUGGCAGCAGCAGCCCGGGAUGCAUAAGCCCGGCAACGCCAAUGACCCUAGCCUGCCCGCCGGCACUCUCUCGCCGUACGCCAAUGCCAAUGCGGACCUGGCGGCGGCGACGGCCGCGGCGUCUUCGGCCGCGGUGCCCAGCUCUGUGAGCUUCAUGCUGCCGGGUGGCGGCGGCGGUGCCGCCUCCAGCGCGGCGGUGGCGGGCGCAAACAUGCGGCUGCGGCAUGCGGAGGUGACGUCGUACGACCGGGGCCGGGCGGACCUGGUGAUGCGGCUGGCACAGCUGGGGGUGGGCGUCAACAGCGACACGCUGGACCGGGCGCUGCGGCCAGUGGAGGACCGCCCCUUCCUGGACUGCAUCUCAAAGCUGCCGAAGCCAGGGGACCACCUGCCCAGCAGGCCUGGGAGUGUACGGCUGCCGGCAGCUAAGAAGAAGCGGAGCAAGAGCGCGGGCAAGGCGCGGCCCAAGAGCGGGCGGUAGCUGCGGCAAGCGCGGGCGUUGAUGCACAGUCAAACAGCAGGGCGUUACAUUCAUCAGAUCUGCGGUAUAGAGCACAAGGUGUGCGUGUACGAGCUCUGUAGACGCAGCGGGG